AUGUUUGAAUAUCGCAACCCAGAUUCUUAUACACAUUCCAUCUCAACUGUGGAUUCAUAUGGAAGUGAGGAAUGCUCGAGUAGUUCAGACCACGAGUCCCCUAAAUACUCCUCAAAUCUAGCCACGUUUAGCAAAAAAACAAUAGAUUCUGUGGUUGAGGUGUCAGAAGUGCCUGGGAAAGGAAGAUGCCUCUUUGUUAGAAAGGAAUUUGAGCCAGGAUCACUCAUAUUUGCAGAAUCUCCACUGUUCAUGAUUUUGCCGUCGUCCAGGCCUGAUUUAUGGGAGAAACUAACGAGUCUGAAUCAGGAAUCGGCCUUUACAUUACCGCCGCUGUGGCAUAAGGCAGCCUUGUUGAGUAUAAUUGAAGGAACGGACGAAUCAAACAAGAUCAUGGCAAACAAAUGGGUAGAACGUAAGUUUGGUAGCAUUUAUUAUCGAUUGGUAGACCCGAAUCAGGAGGUAUCUGCAGAUGUGUACAGGGUCCUAGGCUCAAUAUGUACAAUAGUAGACGGAAACUAUUAUUAUAACGGGGUGCAAAUAAGUCCGGAAGUGUAUCAGCUGUACCUGCAAGUGUGGCCACUAAACGCGUUCGGAAGAAGCUCAGACCCGGACGGACUAGUAAUAUAUGAUAAAAUAUCGUACCUCGCACAUAGCUGCAACCCAUCAUGCUGUUGGCAUCACACAGAUGAUGAAAAUUUUGUUUUAAGGGCCAGAAAGAAACUGAUACCCGGAGACGAAAUAACGAUUUCAUAUCUGGGCGAAUCGGACCUACUGUCUCCAACUUUCAAAAGGAGGACUCUCUUGCAAAACUGGCAUUUCUUUUGCACGUGCGAUCGUUGCUCUCUUCCAGUGGACCUGUCGAGAGGAUUUCUGUGUAAAUACUGCCACUACGGAACAAUAUUCCUGAGAUACGACAGCUACACAGACAAACACACAAGCACGGAGUGCGAAAUGUGUAAGUACAAGUUCACGGAAACGGAAACGAACGAGUACAUAGAACUGGAAAGAGCGUACAUGUUCAGAAUAGAUGAGAUAGACAAGAGUGAUUUGAUGGACAUGUUCCAAGUGUACGACCACGCGAAAAACGUGUUCAGGCAGCACUGGUCACUCUACCAGCUCGAGACCAUGAUGUAUGAGUACUACAAGGAAAACGGGAACCUGGAACAAGCAAAGCUGUACCUGCUGCUGAGGCUGCACUACGUGGACAAGGUUGUUUCGGGGCCGCUGUACCUUGUGGCCUUUAUGCACGAGGAGCUGGCAGACAUCUUGACUAAUUUGGCAGGGAUAGACCAGGAGGCCACGAAAAUGGAGAAUAGGAAUGCUGACAUAGGGACCUUAAACAUGAUAAUGAGCUACUACUACAACGCCGCAGCACUCCUAGCCAUACUGUGCGGAUACAACCACAACUACUACUACUCGGUCGUGUACAAGCGACACCAAGUUGAGCAAUUGGCAGUUUCACUAAUGAAGAAAGUGUCAGCCCCGGAUUCCACGAAUAAAGAAUAA